AUGGCAGGUUCAGGGGAGGGUGUCAAGGGCAAGACAAAUCAAACCACUGUGACUGAGUUCAUCCUUGUUGGAUUCCUGGACUACCCAGAGCUUCAGAUUCCCCUCUUCAUCAUCUUUCUGCUCAUCUAUCUCAUCACUCUGGUGGGAAACAUUGGGAUAAUCAUUCUAACAAAAAUUGAUGCUAGGCUUCACAGCCCCAUGUACUUUUUUCUUAGAAAUCUCUCCAUUGUAGACGUUGGUUAUUCUACCACCAUUGCCCCAAAAUUAUUGACAACAUUUGUGAUAGAACAUUCAACAAUUUCCUUCACAGGAUGUGCCACACAAUUCUUCUUUUUUGUCAUUUUUGUGACCACCGAAACUUUUCUUCUGGCUGUGAUGGCUUAUGAUCGCUUCAUGGCAAUCUGCUAUCCAUUGCUGUAUUUUGUUGUCAUGUCAAAGAAGCUUUGCACCCUCUUGGUCAUAGCUACUUACGUGUUUGGCUUUGUAAAUUCAAUAUCCCACACCAUCGUUAUUUUUAGCUUAAAUUUCUGCAACUCAAAUACUAUUAAUCAUUUUUUCUGUGAUAUUCCGCCAAUGCUUCAAUUGUCCUGUUCAGAUACCCACAUUGCUCGCAUUGUGCUUUUAAUUUUGUCCACUAUAGUUGGACUGACAACAGUUCUGACUGUUUUGAUCUCCUACAUUGCCAUUGUUAUUGCCAUCCUGAAGAUCAGGUCUGCCCAGGGAAGAUACAAAGCCUUCUCCACCUGUACCUCUCAUCUGAUCACUGUGACCAUUUACUUUGGAACCAUCAUGUUCAUGUACUUAGGACCUGGCUCCAAUUUCUCAUUGGAUAAAGAUAAAAUCGUAUCCGUCUUUUAUACUCUUAUCAUCUCCUCACUUAAUCCAUUCAUCUACAGUUUGCGGAACAGGGAAGUGAAGGAUGCAUUUAGCAGAAUGCUAGAUAAGGUAACAUUCCUGAAGUAA